UGUUCUGGUCACCCAAAGGCAGCGUAUUCCUUAGCCUUUGUUUGACACUGGCCGUAAUCGGUGGUUUCUUUUCGACUGUGUUCCUCGUUUCGGCAUACGCAGUUGUCACUUCAGAAUUUCCUAUGCACACGGGUCCUAUUAUCGCUACGAUGGAGUUCUUGUGGGGCGUGGGAAACAUGGUUGGGACAGGUCUUGGAGGUGUGCUAAUUGACGCUUGGGCGUACCCGCUGCCCUUCUUUGUAAUAGCGGCUCUGCUCGGACUUUCACUGCCAUGGACGACAACCUCAAAGAAGCUGUCCGACGUAUCUGUAAAAGAUGCUCGAAAAUCUCCAACAUCCGAACCUCUGAAGAGGCCAAGAGCUUUGUACAAGUUGCUUAUUGAUCCAGUCUUUGUAAUCGACAUGGUUACAGUGAUGAUAAGUUGGAUUAUUAUGGGAUUUAAUGAACCGACGUUGGAGCCACAUCUCAGACAGUUUGGCCUUGAUACUGCGGAACUGGGUGGCGUUUAUAUGGUUCAGUUUGCCAGCUACACAAUAUCGUCCCUUGUUGUGGGCAUUCUGUGUCAAUUAAAGAUGGAUGCAUUUUCCGCUUUUGUGGGGCAAUUUCUUACGGUUUUCGUGUUUCUUUUACAAGGACCAGCGCCAUUUCUUUCAUUUGAAGCAUCUAUGUGGAUGGUUUACCUUUCCCAAGUGUUCACGGGAACAGGCAUGGCUGCUCAGUUUGUUAGCGGCUAUUGCCAUGCACUCAAACACGCAGGGGCAAGAGGAUACUCAGACGAUAUAAAAACGACGUCUUUCAUUUCCACCGUCGUUGUUACAAGUCUUGUCUUCGGGUGA